GCACGAAGCACACGAUUGCAAGUCAUCAUCAAUGCUGGGGCGACGUGAUCGCGUGGUGCCAUCGCCCCGCGGCGACGGAGUAGUCCGCCAUGAUGACCAGUUGCAACCUGCCCCGACAAGCUCUGCUUCCAAUUGUCUUAAGGUCGUCGUGGCCUUGGUGGCGUGGACAACGUGGCAGCAUCUGCUGCAAGUGUACCAGGGGGUUGUUCUGUUGCGCAAACGGUUUCCGCACCAGUCGUGGAUCAAAGCCAUUCGAAGUUCGUGGGUCUACGCGACGAUUGUGUUUAUGGGUGACGCAGGCAACCUCGUGUUUGGGCUGGCCUCGCCGACGCUGGCCCUUCGCACGCUGGCAUGCACUCUGCGCCUGUCGACCAAAGACUUCAGCUAUGGUCCCCACGAGCGCAACGUGUUGGAUCUGUACGGGACUUCGUCGAAGGAUGAGGAUGACCUGAAGCCAGUGGUGAUUUUCAUUCACGGCGGCGCGUGGGCCCUCAGCUCCAAGUUCCAUUACGGCGCUGUGGGCGAAACGCUCGAGCGCCAUGGGGUUGUCACCGUCGUCCCUAGCUACCGCACGUUUCCUCAUGGUGAUGUCGAAGAAAUGCUGGACGACCUCGAAGCGAUUGUGAAGUGGACCGUGGCAAAUAUUGCCAAGCACGGAGGAGACCCUACCCGCAUUACAUUGAGCGGACACUCGUCUGGAGCGCAAUUGUGUGCGUUGAUGCUGGUCCAAGCUGCCAUUCGUUGCAGCGCCGAUUCCACCCAAGUUGGCACCAACGACCGCAGCGUGGGGCUCCACGUUCAAGCGUUUAUCGGACUUUGUGGGCCGUACGACAUCACCGACCAUUACGAAUUCGAACGCCAUCGCGCCAUCAUUCCAUAUGUGCGAGCGCACGCCAUAUCGCCGCUGCAUCCUUCGUUCCACGGCCCCCGACACUUUCACACGUUCAGUCCCCCGGCGUUGGUGUUAGACUCCCCCCUGUUACAAGCUUCAUUUUUGCCCCCAAUGUACCUGUUUCACGGCGAGGAUGAUUUUGUCGUACCAUUCAGCGCAUCCGAAAAAUUUGCCACGCAUUUGAAUCAAAUUGGAGCGACCGCCGUCGUGACACCAUUUCCUCGUGGUCAUGUGGAGAUUCUGCUGGCGCUGAUGGACGGGUACCCAGAAUUGAAUGCGAUGAUGUUGCAGUCGUUCCUGGCAGUGGUGACGGCACCCCGUUCGUCCAAGAAGCGGCCAAAUCUGCGGCAAGGUGUAGAUCACAGUAUUCCCAAAAGUCACUUGUAAUCGAAAGAAGCAUGACGUUGUUGUACUUCCAGCUGCUGAUACUUGUACAGCAGCUGGAAGUACUGUACAAACAUGCCCAUUUUCCGAUAUUCCA